UUCCUUCACUUCGCAUCUCUGGACGGUGAUCUGAUAUUCCUCCAUCUUUGCGCAUCUGGAAAUAUGGCGGACAAAGUGCCAGUUGUGCGGGACCGGGACCACUGUUGGCUACGCGUGGAAGCGGCGAGCUCACUGGAAAAAUACCCAGCGAAACAGCAUGCGCAGAGAGUGCGCGACAAGCUAGACGUGGCAGAUGGCCUGAUCUAUCUCCCCGGCGCGCCAUCGCGGAACAACGAGGACAGUGAUAUGCCAGCCUUGUUUCGCCAGCGGCGCUACUUCUACUAUCUUAGCGGCUGUAAUGAACCGGACUGCUUCUUGACCUACGACAUCCAGCAUGACAUCCUGGCCCUGUUCAUCCCACGGAUCAAUCCCAGUCGCGUCAUCUGGAACGGACGUGGUAGCACGCCCGCAGAAGCAUUGGACAAGUACGAUAUCGAUGAAGUUCACUACGUCGACGAGCUGCAGCGCGAGCUCCUGGAAUGGCAAAUGCGCUACUCCGGCAGUCUCUACGUUCUACACCGCCAACAGGUCCCUGAAUCACCACAGAUCUUCAAGGAUAUCAACAUCGCCUCCCUCCAACCGGCCAUGAAUAUUUGUCGAAUGAUCAAGGACCAGCACGAAAUUGAUCUCAUUCGCAAGGCAAACGACAUCUCUUCGGAAGCUCACAAGCGAGUCCUGGCAAAUAUACUGAGCUUCAAAAACGAGGCCCAAGUAGAAGGCCUCUUCUUGGAUGUAUGCGUUUCUAAACAGGCCAAAAAUCAAGCAUAUGACCCAAUUGCAGCUAGCGGCCCCAACGCUGGCACGCUGCACUAUGAUGCCAAUAAUGAAGACUUCGGAGACCGUCAAUUGAUGUGCUUAGAUGCUGGGUGCGAGUAUGAGCUGUACGCCUCUGACAUCACGCGAACAUUCCCUCUUGCUGGAUCAUGGCCUUCUGUAGAGUCGGAGAACAUCUACAAACUCGUUCAGCGUAUGCAAGAAUCGUGUAUCAAGCGUCUGGCUCCUGGAGUCAGAUAUCUUGAUCUGCAUAUCUUGGCACAUCAGAUUGCUAUUGAUGGUCUGCUCAAAUUGGGUAUUCUGCAUAAUGGCACGAACGAAGAGAUCUACAAAGCAGGGACUAGUAAAGCUUUUUUCCCGCAUGGACUGGGCCACCACGUCGGUCUCGAGGUUCACGAUGUCGGUCAGCGAGAAUUGAUGUCCUACAAUGGAAUGCACACAGAGUUCGAAAAGGUGCCGUCUCUCUAUCCCGAAGAUUUUCAUCUUUCGGUCUAUGACAACGAUAGCGAGAUGUUCAGGGCUCCCACGAAUCCAGAGAGCCCACACCUUGAGGAAGGCAUGGUAGUCACCGUGGAACCAGGAAUCUACUUCUCCACUUACGCCCUGACGAGAUUCUAUCUUCCUUCACCAGUUCAUUCCAAGUACAUCAACGAAGAAGUCGUCAAGCGAUACCUCCCCGUGGGCGGUGUCCGCAUCGAAGACGACAUUUUGAUCACAACUAAAGGCUACGAGAAUCUCACAACAGCGCCGAAAGGAAAUGAUAUGCUCGCAAUAAUCCGCCAACAAAGCCCGAAAUCUUCAUCUCCUACCCAACCCAGAAGAAGGCCAGUGAUAGACGAGCCUCUAUUCCGCGCACCUGGCAUACCAGAAGACCUGUAUUGCUCCCCGAUAAAGCCUUUCUCGAGAGCUUCGACUAUGCCUUUACCGAGCAGCAUGCGCCGAUCAUCUUUUGACUUUGAACCGUUUUCUGGACCUUCUUUAUUUUCGGGAUUCAAAGGCAGUGUGGAGGGCGAAGGCAAAAUUCCUCGCGCCACUCACAACACUCCAAAGACAAAGUCAACGGUUUCGGCCCAAGCUCCACCUAGUAGAGUUACACCUUUCGAUGGGGUGACGAGCCAUCACCAGGCACGACGAAAUCUAACGAAACCAUGGCAACCAGCGACUACCCAGGAACGGCCAGAGAUGGAACGAAAGCCAGUUUCUGAUAUGGAAAACCCUCAUAGAGCUUCGGUUUCCCGGCAGCCGACGAUUCCAAAAGACUCCGGAAUCCCUAUCAAGACUUCACCACAUACGUCUCCGCCUCGCGUGACCGGCAGGCAUCCCUGGGAAUCACACGAUUCGCACGAUUCCAAGCCAAUAACCUCUCGCGUAUCUAUGCACAAUCUCAGACCUAUCCGACAACAUCGGGCUCCCCGUGCAGAAUGUUCAUAUCCCAUCAUGCCCCCUCAGUCUCGCGCAUCCUUCCAGGCAGCCACCCCUUCCAGGCAGCAUCAGCCCGGAGUGGAGUCUACUCAUUCAAGACAUCCCGAAAACGCUACACGCGACACGCACAGCAGCGCUGCAUCAAUUCCCCACCGCCACCGCUCACUACAGACUCUUCGGCCCGGAAAUCCUUAUCGCGACAGCGCACAGUCUUCGCGCGCGCCAGUUGACCCUAAUUCCCCGCCACUCUCUGUACACGCUCCCCCCAAAGCAGCGGAGAGGAUUACGGCACCAGGACCCAGCGAGGAGAAGAUCCCACGCCCGAAUCCAUAUGCCCGCCAAUUCAAAGGCAUCGAUGAUCUCAAAAAGGCUAUGGAAGACUUAUGCCAUAUCACAGAAAACCUCGAUAGGGAAUAUGGUAUAUGGAGUGGAAAGAACACAAGAAAAUCGCGAAACCCAAAGUCCCUAAAACACUCCCCGUCUUCCUUAGUUUCCUCGUUCCCUCCCACGUCCCCCGCUCAUCCAACUACCCUCACCUUUCCUACAUCCCUACCUUCCUCCUUCCUCCUUCCUCCCCAAAAAAGGUAAUCAACGACACACCACACCCAUAGAUAGUAGCUUAAACACAUCCACCAGUGACAUCUAGCCCCUACUACUAAGCUGUUCCCUAACCCACGAAUCAAAAUCUUUCGUUGCGUGUCUGUUUCCCGCGUUGAACGGUCCGACACAGCUGCAAACGCAAUGCGUGGAAAAAGUUUGGUUUUUUUUCUCUUCGCUGGCGCAAAUACCUAGACUGAGGAUUUUUUGGUGCUUUGGGGGCCGUUCGCUGUGUGCGGGGAUGGGACGGGGUUGGGCGGAACCGAGGAUGAGCGCUUCGCCUACUUUUAUCGCGGGGUCUUUAUAUCGAUGGAGGGUCGUAAAAUUUAUUUAUACAAAGAGGUUUAUACUUUAUUCUUUCUCAACCGAGGAGGGUUAUACUGCACUAGAUUCUCUA